AUGUCUCGUGUCAGGCUGCUCGCUGUAGCCCGUGCGGCCCGCCCGCUGCUCCUCGCCUCAGCUCCCCGCACUGCAGCCCCCAUGGCCAUGGCCGCUCGCCCGCGCUUCUACACAGGUCCCGCGCCGCCCUCGCCUGAGGCCCGCCAGGAAUGGCGCGCCCAGCUGGCCGCCUCGGCCAAGCAGGACAAGACACCCCUAUACGACUUUCACGUCGCCCACGGCGGCAAGAUGGUCCUCUUUGGCGGCCACCACAUGCCCGUCCAGUACGCCGACCUGUCCCUCGCCCAGUCUCACCACUUCACCCGCGAGCACGCCAGUCUCUUCGACGUCAGCCACAUGGUCCAGCACCGCUUCACUGGUCCCCAGGCUGCCGCCUUCCUCGAGAAGGUGACGCCUUCGGGCGUGCGUGACAUGGAGAUUGGCACGAGUAAGCUGAGCACCUUCCUGUGGCCCGGUACGGGUGGCAUCGUCGACGACACGAUGAUCACGCGCACCGAGGAGGAGGAGUACCGCGUCGUCUCCAACGCAGGCACGCGCGAAAAGGUCUUUGAGUACCUGACCGAGCACACGGCCGCCCUGCAGAAGCCCGAAGGCGGCGAGUUCUGGUGGGAGGUGCUCCAGGGCCUCGGCCUCGUGGCGCUGCAGGGCCCUCAGAGCGCCGAGGUUCUGCAGAAGGUCAUUGACCCGGCUGAGGGCGUCGACCUGUCGGCAGUGUACUUUGGCCAGACGGUGUGGGCUCGCCUGCGCGCGCAGAACGAGAGCGGCGAGUGGAUCGUGCUUCCUGGCAAGGCCAUGAUCAGCCGCGGUGGGUACACGGGGGAGGACGGCUUCGAGGUCAGCUUCGAGUCGCCCGGAAACGAGGCGACGCGCCUCGCUGAGACGCUGCUCUCGACGGCCGGGCCCGAGACGCUGCGUCUUGCUGGCCUCGGCGCACGCGACAGCCUGCGUCUGGAGGCAGGCAUGUGCCUAUACGGUCACGACAUUGACGACACGACGACGCCGGUGGAGGCGGCGCUCUCGUGGAUCAUCCCCAAGGAGCGGCGGCGCGCGGACGCGGGCUUCCACGGCGCCGAGGCGAUCGCGCCGCAGCUCGUGGUCAAGAGCAAGGGCGGGCAGGGCGUCGACCGGCGCCGAGUGGGCUUCGUCGUGGCCGGUGCGCCCGCACGCGAGGGCGCCGAGAUCUUCACCAAGGAGGGCGAGAAGGUGGGUGUCGUGACGAGCGGGUCGCCGAGCCCGACGCUGGGUAAGAACAUUGCCAUGGGUUACGUGCGUGACGGCCUGCACAAGGCGGGCACCGAGCUCGAUGUUGUCGUGCGCGGCAAGAAGAGGGGCCUGACGGUGACCAAGAUGCCGUUCGUCGCGGCCAAGUACUUCAAGGGCCCCAUGCCUGCACCGGCAUGA